AUGGACCCCAUGGAUCUGCUACUUGGCAACUACCAUACCGAGGACAAUGUCGUUCCUAUUGUGUAUAAGGAGGUAACGAAGACACUGGCUCAACUAGAAGAGGAGGAAAAGCGCGAAGACAACUCUAGCUCCAAUGACAACAACUCGGACGAUGACGUAGAGCAAGACAUGGACUUCCCGACCACGCAAGUGCUGACAAACGAUCCCAUAGAUAGAGGAACGAAGAGUGAAUUACCCAGGAGUCCAGUAACUAUCCAAUUGCCCGUCAAGUUGUGUGCUUCGCCAGCUAAGCCCUGCAAAUCUCCCGUUAAAGCCCCUGCAAUGUCAGACAAGGCUAAUGCAUCUCCCGUUAAGGCUAAUGUAUCUCCAGUCAAAAUGAGCUCACUGUUGACGGAUGAUUCACCUGCAAAGAUACAAUUAUCCCCUGUGAAGACUGUGGAGCCGUCUGUCGCUCCGCCGCCUAUUGUUGAGAGACUAGCUCAGGAGGAGACAGAAGACGAUACCCCUGAAGAAUUCCGAGCCAAGGGUGCAGAAGGGAAGUUUACCAAAGUUUUUCCUACUGUGUCCAAGAUGGUGGAGACUGGUGGUUGGCAGACUGCCCAUGGCCAUAACACUUUGUUCUGCGCUAUGCCUGGCGUGCAGUUUUUUAACUUCAAACCGAAUAUCAACGUGUUUGACUCGAAGGUUAAGGCAUGUUGGAAGUUCAUUCAGAUUGCGGGGGAGAAGGAGAACGACACAGAAGACAAGGAUCUCUGGGAUAUGCUUUGGCCUAUUGCGGAAAAGGAGUUCGGGUGGUUCACCAUGAUGUGUGGUCCUGAGACGUGGUUUGUCAAGCCUAAUACGAGGUUUGAGAACUUCCAACCGAACGAGACAAUUUUUCAGACCAAGAAGCGCGCCGUGCUCAAGUGUCUGUCUGUGGAGGUGGGUGGCAUUGAGCUGGGAGACUCUUGUGAGGGUCAUCAGGUUAUUACGUUCGCCCCACGUGAGGUGCAGUUGGCACCCGCUGCUCCCAAAAAAGUCAAGACUUCUUUAUUCAAGACCCCGUCUCCAGCGAUAAAUCGAAAUUCUUCGGGGCCAGCUUCGAGCGCUAAGUUCGUUACGCCUGCUAAGCAUGUGUCACUUGGUUCGGCUACGAGUAGUACGAAACGUAAACUUCCUUCGUCCGCAUCUAAGUUGAAUUCUAAAAGUUCGGCAUCAAAGAAAAAGGUAAAGACGAGCACCAAAGCGAGUACGAAGAAAGCAACGACGAAAAAGAAAACAAAACCAAUUCCCGACACGGCUUUGGACAUUAGCAAAGAAGAUGAUUUUAACUUUACGCCGCCUGAGUUUAGAUGCUCGUUUGGAAUUGUGUACGCGAAGCUACAGGAUGAAGGUUGGUACCAUCGGAGUGGGACAUUUGAGUACGAUUACUUUUCGCCCACAUACACGGAUGCGACCAAGAAGAUUAAAGUCAAUUUCUUUCAGUCGAAGGCGGACCUCGAGGAAUUCCUAAAAGUGAGCGGCACAUGGAAGCGUAUUGAAAACGAACUUCAUGAAGAGCAUGAAAGAGCGGUGGAUGAAGAGCGUGAAAAGGCUUUAGAUCGACACCACCAGCGUCUAGAGCAACAAGCAGCUCGAAAGCGAAACUUGGCGCUUCAUGGUCCGCUACUCGCUGUGGCAAAGCCAAAGAAAUUGUCCAAGAAAGUUGCUCCCAAAAAGGUCGUCAGUGCUUCACUUGUACCCCAAAGUUUAUACGAAGCUGAAGUUGAGGCUGCUAGGGCUGCUGAAGCUGAGGAGGCAAGGCUGUCUAGAAUGCCCAGCUUGAAGUUUGGUACUGUUUUGAAGAAACUAAUCAAGCGUGGCUGGUACUACCGCCCUGGACGUUUUGAGUAUGACUACUUCAAGCCCAGUGCCAAUCCGAAAUCAGCAGUGGCCGGCGAAGAUCGUUUUGAAAGUGCUUCCGCUCUGGAAGUCUAUCUGAAGACGACCGGUCUGUGGGAAGAGAUCGCAGAAGAAGUGGCGCAAGAGGAGCUUACAGAGCACGACAAUGGAAGUGCUAGUAUCGAAUCGCAAGAGCGGUUAACAAAGCGCUACAAACUCGAGUCCCCUCCCCCAGCAUCACCGCAGUCGCCAAAGAAAGCAUCAAAUGGUGGUGUGCAGACUGGCGAGGUGAAGGCGAUCACCAACGACAUAUGGGCAAACUCGCACGAGUUCGACUUUAACGAGUAA